AAAUGUUUAAUUCGCUUUAUGCUAGAGCUGCAAUACUUGAUAUAGCUAUCCAAGGGAUACUCAGUGCUAUAUCAAUCAUACUGCAGACGGAGAAAUUCUUUGAUCUAGCAGGCAUGUCCACGUUUAUUUACAUAAUUUGGCAAGUGUUGGUUUGGUCUUGUCGAGGGUCUUGUCAAUUUUAUACUCGCCAAGUUAUUCAGUCAUCGUGUAUCACUGCAUGGGCAGUUCGUCUUGGCCUAUUUUUGUUCACAAGAGUUCUUCGUGAAGGUAAAGAUAGCAAGUUUGAUAAAGUUCGAGAUAACCCCCCAAUGUUGCUUUUCUUUUGGACUAUUCAAGCUGUAUGGAUUUUCGCGACUGCCCUCCCCACCCUCAUGUUAAAUACCUCAAUAGAAAACCCCCCAUUAACCCUGAAAGACUAUGUAGGCUGGUCUAUCUGGACUGCAGGAUUUUGUAUUGAAGUGAUUGCUGACCACCAGAAGACAAUAUUUAGAAGUAAUCCAGCGAAUCAUAAGAAAUUCAUCACAACUGGAGUAUGGAGCAUCGUUCGUUAUCCUAACUAUCUUGGUGAAAUAUUGUUGUGGUUUGGUCUGUACCUACCUGCAUCGUCCAUCAUGCAAGGCUGGCAGUAUCUCAGUAUUGCAUCGCCACUCUUUGUUGCUCUUCUGAUAAUGAAAAAGACCGGCAUUCCACUACAAGAACAAGCCAGACGAAAAUGGUCAAAUGAUCCAGUUUUCCAAGCGUACAAGGCCAAAACGCCAAAGUUAUUUCCUGGUAUAUGGUAA